ACCGUUCUUGCACCUUGCACCCCAUGGUUGCGCAUGCCUGCUAUAUAUACACAUAAAUAUAAACAUACGCAUACACGACCCUCCUCUCGAAAUAGGCAUGGAUAUGAGAACUUUCUCCUGUGCCCUGCUGCUGGUGACGAUGAUGCCCCUUUCGACGAAAGCGUCUAGCAAAAUAUACAUCGUGUAUUUGGGGGAGAAGAAACAUGAUGAUCCGUCUACGGUCACCGCGUCGCACCAUGACAUGCUAACCUCUGUUUUUGGGAGCAAGGAUGAAGCCAGGAAGUCGAUAGUUUACAAUUACAAGCAUGGAUUCUCUGGAUUCGCGGCGACACUCAAUGAAACGCAAGCUCAAACACUUGCAGAAUUCCCUGAAGUUGUCCGCGUGAAGCUUAACACUUACCACAAACCGCACACAACUCAGAGUUGGGACUUCCUCGGCCUUGACUACGAUGGACCACAACAACAACAACCACAACAACAGGAAGGCCUUCUGCAAAGAGCAAAGUACGGAGAAAACAUCAUCAUCGGGGUGAUUGAUUCAGGCAUAUGGCCUGAAUCACGAAGCUUUGAUGACACCGGAUAUAGCCCUGUGCCGGCACGGUGGAACGGCGUGUGCCAGAUUGGACAUGCGUGGAAUGCCACGAGUUGCAACAGGAAGAUCAUCGGCGCCCGAUGGUAUAGUGGUGGCAUCAGCGCUGACGUGCUUAAGAUGGACUACAAUUCCCCUAGGGACCUCACUGGCCAUGGCACACAUGUAGCCUCAACGAUUGCCGGUAGCCAGGUGUGGAAUGUGAGCCACAGAGGGGGUGGCCUUGGUGUCGGUAUGGCUCGCGGUGGAGCACCACGGUCUCGAUUGGCUAUAUACAAGGUAUGUUGGGUCGAUGGGAGUUGCCCCGAGGCAGCGAUCCUUGCGGCCAUCGAUGAUGCCAUAAAGGAUGGCGUGGACGUCCUGUCGCUCUCACUAGGAGGCAGUCCUGGCGAGGAGAUCUUUGAGACAUUGCAUGCUGUAUUGCAAGGCAUCUCCGUUGUGUUUGCAGGCGGGAAUGAAGGCCCCGUGCCACAAACGGUGUUGAAUGCCGUGCCAUGGGUCAUGACGGUGGCUGCUAGCACAAUAGACAGGUCAUUCCCAACCCAAGUGACGCUCGGGAACAAUGAAAAGUUGGUGGGGCAAUCUCUUCACUACAACGCAUCCGUGAUCAGCAACGACUUUAAGGCCCUCGUUCAUGCGAGGAGUUGUGACAUGGAGACACUAGCAUCGAGCAAUGUCACAGGCAAAAUCGUAUUGUGCUAUGCACCGGAGGAGGCCUUUCUCAUCUCGCCUCGGGUGGCACUUCGCAAUGCCAUCAACCGUACCUUGGAGGCCGGUGCUAAGGGCCUCAUUUUCGCACAGUACGCUAUCAAUAAUGUCAACAAUGUGGCUGCGUGCAACAACAUUAUGCCAUGUGUUCUCGUGGAUUUUGAGAUAGCACAUAGAAUUGCUUCAUAUUGGGAUAUCACACGGAGUCCGGUGGUGAAGGUGUCACCUACCAUGAGCGCUGUUGGAAAUGAGGUGUUGUCACCGAGGGUCGCCUCGUUCUCGUCGAGAGGCCCUAGCCUAGCGUUUUCAACCAUACUCAAGCCUGAUAUAGCUGCACCGGGAGUCAACAUAUUGGCAGCAGUGCGCGGCACCUAUGUGUUGUUGUCCGGGACGUCCAUGGCAUGUCCUCAUGUCUCAGCAGUCACUGCGCUGCUCAAGUCGGUUCACCCUGGCUGGUCACCAGCCAUGAUCAAAUCUGCCAUUAUCACUACAGCUUCAGUGAUCGAUAGUUUCGGUAUGCUGAUCCAAGCUGAGGGGGUGCCAAGAAAACUAGCUGACCCUUUUGAUUUUGGGGGUGGCCACAUGGACCCAAACAGGGCCAUCGAUCCUGGCUUGGUUUAUGAUGUGGAUGCAAAGGAGUACAACAAAUUCUUCAAUUGCACCCUUGGAUUGUUAGACGGCUGCGAGUCCUACCAACUCAAUCUUAACCUUCCAUCAAUCGUCGUGCCAACCCUAAAGGACAAUGCCACAGUUUCGCGCACUGUCACCAAUGUCGGGCCGGUGGAAGCGACUUACCGAGUAGUUGUUGAGGCUCCCGCAGGGGUAGCCGUGUUGAUGGAGCCAUCUAUUAUUAGUUUCACCCGAGGUGGUAGUACACGCGCAACAUUUAGGGUGACACUCACGGCGAAGCAGAGAGUUCAGGGCGGGUAUAGUUUUGGGAGCAUCACAUGGUCCGAUGGAAGUGCCCACUCAGUGAGAAUUCCAAUUGCAGUACGGACUGUGAUACAAGACUUCGUCUCAGAUACAUCAUAA